GGGGGGGUUUUUGGUUGGUUUGAGUGUUUGACUACUGCUUCUUGUACUCCAUUUCUAUGAACUCUCUUUUUUCCUAUUUCUCUCUCAAAAAUCUGCUCGUCUUUACCUUUCCUCAUUUUGUAUUCAUUUGACUUGUCUUUAGGGUUUCUUUGCUAACCAAAAAAUCUAGCCAUCAACAGAUUUGGAAAUUUCAUUACUUGGGGUUGUUCAAGAAAUCAGUAAAGUUUCAAACUUUAAGCUCAGAACAGUUCAAACUUCAAUACAAUUUGCUCGGGUGCAAUUUUCUAAGGAGGAUAUAAAACCUGAAAUUGUAGACGCGAAAAUGGGUUGUUUCACAGUUUUAAAAAGUAAGAAAAAGAAGUCUGAACAGAGUAUCCACAUCAAACGUGUGAAUCCUCAGGAACAUUCUCCUACUGUGUUGCCUGAGCCCCAAGUGCACACACGGGCAUUGCAGUCGGCACCCCCAAGUUUUAGAACUAGAGUAAAACCUGUACAGUCGAGUAACAGAGUAACAAGCAGUAGGACACGGGCACUCUCUGCCCCAUCGAGCCUGGAUGCAGCAGAACAAGAUACUCUAGCAUCGAAUGAAUGUGAGGAACAAGAAGAGUUAAGGAGUCGUGUUGGUUCAAUCAAGGAAUACCAGUCACCAACUCCUCAGCCUCUUCCUCUUCCUUCACCACAGAGUGCUGCUACUCUCAAGACUAUGGGAAGCUUUAAAGUUUUGAAUGCUAGCGGCCCUUUGAAUGCCUCUGGACCGCUGCCGUUGCCUCCUACACUGCCUCCAACCUUGCCUUCUACCGGAGCACUCAGGAACUUCUCGUUUGAAGAAAUUGCUUCUGCCUGCCACCGGUUCUCUCCUGAACGAUGUAUGUCUGAAGGUCUCUCUUCUGUUAUCUACAAAGCUUCUUUUGGCGAUGAUGCCACUAGUACAAAGAAGCUUGAAGCCACUGUAACCCGCCUUCAUCCUUCUUCGCAGGGGUUAAAGGAAUUUGUAACUGAGGCCAACACACUAGCUUCUUUACAACAUCCGUCACUUUGUAAACUGAUUGGUUUUCAUGCACGGGAAGGUUCCGACCACAGAAUGUUGGUUUAUGAGAGGCUUUUCCAUGGAAGCUUAGACCGGCUUUUGUUUGGGAGGUCAGAUGGUCCCCCGAUGGACUGGAAUGCUCGAACGAAAAUUGCAUUGUGUGCUGCUCAAGGUCUCACAUUCCUGCAUGAGGAAGGACCUUUCCAGGCAAUGUUCCAUGAAUUUUCCACUGCAAAUAUACAAAUAGAUAAGGAUUUUAGUGCAAAGCUUUCGGGAUAUGGAUGCAUUACACAUAUACAAGAGACAGACAUAUCUUGCAGUUCAACUGCUCUGGGAAAUCUCUCUGAAGAGACUCUGGAGCGAGGAUUGUUAACCCCAAAGAGCAACGUUUGGAGUUUUGGGAUUGUUCUUCUUGAGUUGCUGACUGGGCGGAAGAAUUUAGACAGUCGGCAUCCAAAGGAGGAGAGGAAUUUAGUGAAGUGGAGCAGGCCUUUCCUAGCUGAUGACGGUAGAUUAUCGCUAAUCAUGGAUCCCCAGUUAAAAGGUCGGUUCCCUGCGAAAGCAGCAAGGACAGUGGCUGAUAUUGCUCAA